GAAGAAUGUUUGAUUACAAGGGAGCUUCCACUUUAGAAAAAGGAAAAAAAAGUCUUUAUUCCUUAUAUGGCAUCAUUAGACUAUUGAGCACUGUGAAUGGAUGAUUGUCCUUUAUUAUGCAUGGUUGUUUCGUGCAGUCAAGGAGCUCAGAACACUACCAGGAAAUUACAGCCAGUUUCUAGCAAAAAGUAGCAUUUAAAGGAGAAGCAGAUUCUUUAAAUCCACUACCAGAAAAUUGCAAUUAGUUUCUAGCAAACGGGAGCAUUUAAAGGAGAAUCAGCUUUUUAAAUCAAGAACAUAAAUAUGGGGAAAUCAGCCUCCAAGCAAUUUUCAGAAGAAGUCUUAAGAGCCCACAAUGACUAUAGGAAGAAGCAUGGCGUUCCUUCACUAAAACUCUGUAAAAAAUUAAAUAGAGAAGCACAGCAGUAUUCAGAAGCACUUGCUAGCACAAGAAUCCUCAAACACAGUCCUGAAUCUAGCAGUGGAAAAUGUGGAGAAAAUCUAGCAUGGGCUUCAUACGAUCAAUCAGGAAGUGAAGUAGCUGACAGAUGGUAUAAUGAAAUCAAGAAUUAUAAUUUCCAAAGCCCUGGAUUUUCCUCAGGGACUGGUCAUUUCACAGCAAUGGUUUGGAAGAACACAAAAAAGAUGGGAGUUGGAAAAGCAGCUGCAAGUGAUGGCUCCACAUUUGUAGUGGCUAGAUAUGAACCUGCUGGCAACAUUGUAAACUCUGGGCAAUAUGAACAAAAUGUUUUUCCACCAAAAAAAUAAUAAUCUAUAUGAAAAGGAGAUUGUUUUCAAUAGGUUAUAAAAAGAAAAUUGGGAGUUCACCUGAUUAUGUUGGAUAAAUCACUGUUGAAUGGUACUUUAGUCUUUUAAUGAUUAUUUCAAGAAAUGUUUAAUAGUAGUUCUGCCUACAAAAUUAAUUUUUGUACAGAACCAUUCCUGAAACACAAUGAAAGAUAUAGUGAAAACACUGAAAGACAAUGACAAAAGCCAACAUAUGGAACAUACAUAUCAAGAAAUGUAAGAGCAAAAUAUAUUAAAAUAACAGUAUAAAAAUUAUAAUAUUUUGAUAUUAAAAUUCGCAAAUAUGUUUUAGAGUGUUUAUAUAAUUUCAUAUUUCUACAAAAUCCCUUCUCUAAAAUAUAUUUGCAAACUUUAAUAUCCAAUUAUCAUAUUUUAAUACUGUUAUUUCAAUAUAUUAUAUUUUCAAGGAUUUCUAAAAAGAGGAAAGACUGAUUUUAUUUGCCUACAAAUACUAUUCAUCCCCACAGGGAUUGAUUGUGUGGCAACAGUUUUAAAUAUGCUAGUCUGAAUGCAUAUGAAAAAUAGCAAAUGUCCUAACAUAAAUUGCAUGAAACUAUUUAUCUGGUGCAUCCAUCCAGUGUUUGUAGAUAAGCAUGGACUGGCAUAGUAGGUGGUAGGCAUUCAGAAAAUAUAACUAUUUUCACAGAGCAUAGAACCGUUGGACU